CCGAGUUGGAGGGUUCGGGUAAAAAUGGCUGAAUAUUUAGCUUCGAUAUUCGGGACUGAGAAGGACAAGGUUAACUGCUCUUUUUACUUUAAGAUCGGGGCCUGCCGGCACGGGGACCGGUGCUCCCGGCUUCACAACAAACCGACGUUCAGCCAGACCAUAGUGCUGCUCAAUCUGUACCGGAAUCCACAGAACACGGCCCAGACUGCGGAUGGAUCGCACUGUCAUGUCAGCGACGUGGAAGUGCAGGAACACUAUGAUAACUUCUUUGAGGAGGUGUUCACGGAACUGCAGGAGAAAUACGGGGAGAUUGAAGAGAUGAAUGUGUGCGACAACCUGGGAGACCAUCUUGUAGGGAACGUCUAUGUCAAGUUCCGGCGGGAGGAGGAUGCAGAGCGGGCGGUGACUGAACUGAAUAACCGCUGGUUCAAUGGGCAGGCCGUGCACGCCGAGCUAUCUCCUGUCACUGACUUCCGGGAGUCUUGCUGUCGACAGUACGAGAUGGGGGAAUGUACUCGAGGUGGCUUCUGCAACUUCAUGCAUCUGCGGCCCAUCUCCCGGAACCUCCGGCGGCAACUCUAUGGGCGGGGCCCUCGGCGCAGGUCGCCCCCAAGGUCCCAUACCGGCCACCGUCCCCGAGAAAGGAAUCGACGGCGUUCCCCAGACCACCGGCAUGGCCGCUUUUGAAACCCUGGCCCCUUUGCCCUCCACCCUGGACAGGCACAGUUCCUGGUCCGACCCCUCCUCA